AUGACUAUGUUAUUUUCAAUGGCAAUCCUGCUAAUAAGUUUGCAUUUAGCGCGAAGAUACAAUUUCUCUUAUCUAUUCUUUACCGAAGAGAAUUCGGGCAGUUUGAUCGUGCAAGAUGUUAAAUACUCUGAAGUAUCGUCAGAUGGUAGAGUAGAUGCAGGUCCUACUUGUGACGAUUUUGCGAACGCCAAAACACCCACAAUUUGGGGUUACGUUUCUAAGUACUCCACUGCAAUUAGAGCCAUUGCUGCGACUUGGAUAAUAGUAAAUAACAUCAAGGACUUGAUGUCAACUCCUAUUGGUGCCAGAGAAGAAUGCAAUACUAGAAAAAUCAAAAACCAAGAACAGGCCUAUUGGUAUAUAUUAAAUGGAAAUUGUACAGCUAUGGCUGCCCGGAAUACCCUGAAUAGCAAAAUAAAUGAUACACUGUUUGCAUUCAGUAAUAGACGUCCAGCGAUAGGAUGUAUUAAAAUGAUUUCCGGUGAUUAUUGGGGGUACGUUACUAUACCUCCUGAUGAUACAAACGAGGAAUUUGACAAAGCCAUCAAACACUGUGAAAAUAACGGAUACGUUAUCAGAGCAACAAGGCGAGACUAUGAUGAGUUAUAG